AUGUCCAACAUGGGAAGGACCCAGAACGCACUAGGACGUACAUUUGAAAUUAAAGACAUUGACUCGUUUUCGCUUGACGAUUUUCUAUAUUUUAACAAAUUUGUUAAACUAAAUGAUGAAGACCUUACAUUUAUUGGACAUUGCAUUAUCAGGCGAUUCAUUCAUGAUGUAGACAGGCGCAAUGGUCUUAUUCCUCGUUCAUUUACCAUUAUAUAUGGAUAUCUGUUUGGAGGUAUCAUAUAUAGAUACGUAAAACAUCAUAAUGCAGGUGAUGAAGUGAUUAAUUAUAUCAUAACAUUUGCAAAACAUUUCCGUAUGAAAGAUUACAAUGUUUUUGCUCACAAAUUUGGCGAACCAGGUAUCUACUUCCGCUACAGUGAUGGUACUCAUAACAAAAUACCAUGUCAGCCAGAUUUUCAACCAUUGAAAAUUAUUAAUGAAGAUCUUGAGUUUAAAUAA